CUCAAGCUGUAGACGUGGGGCCGCGGCCACAGGCGGUUAGGGGCAGGGGUGUGGGGGCAGAGCAGGAGGCGGGGAUGGGGGGGCUGCGGCUGCUGGCGGUGGCCUUCACUUGCUGCUGGUGGCCACCCGGCAGCCAGGGUAAGACGCUGCGAGGCAGCUUCAGCAGCGCCGCGGCCCGAGACUCUCAGGGCCAGAGCAUCGGCCACUUCGAGUUCCACGGUGACCAUGCUCUUCUCUGUGUCAGAAUCAAUGACAUAGCAGUAGCCAUUGGAAAGGAAGCUAAACUCUACCUGUUCCAAGCCCAGGAAUGGCUAAAGCUGCAGGAAAGCGGUCAUGGUUAUAGUUGUAGCGAAAAAUUAUCCAAAGCUCAGUUGACAAUAGCCAUGAAUCAGACUGAACAUAAUCUGACAGUGUCUCAGAUUCCAUAUCCACAAAUGUGGCACGUGUUCUAUGCAGACAAGUAUACGUGCAAAGAGGACAAUGAGUAUUCUCAGGUGGAAGAUAUCUCAUUUGAAAUGAUGUUACUAAACCCGGAUGCCGAAGGGAAUCCAUUUGAUCAUUUCAGUGCUGGAGAAUCUGGGUUACAUGAGUUCUUCUUCCUCCUCGUCCUAGUGUACUUUGUGAUUGCUUGCAUUUAUGCGCAAUCAUUGUGGCAGGCUAUUAAGAAAGGAGGACCCAUGCACAUGGUUUUAAAGGUCCUGACAACUGCAUUGCUGUUACAAGCUGGUUCAGCUUUCGCUAAUUACAUUCAUUUCUCCAGUUACUCCAGAGAUGGAAUAGGGGUACCUUUUAUGGGAAGUUUGGCAGAAUUUUUUGACAUCGCUUCCCAAAUUCAAAUGUUAUACUUACUUCUGAGUUUAUGCAUGGGUUGGACAAUAGUCAGAAUGAAGAAGUCUCAGAGCAGACCUCUCCAGUGGGAUUCUACUCCUGCGUCCACUGGCAUUGCUGUGUUCAUCGUCAUAACACAGAGUAUUUUGCUACUUUGGGAACAGUUUGAAGAUACCAGUCCUCACAGCCACCAUUCACACCACAACUUAGCAGGGAUCCUUCUAAUUGUUUUAAGAAUUUGCCUAGCGUUGUCAUUAGGCUGCGGACUCUACCAGAUCAUCACAGUGGAAAGAAGUACACUCAAAAGGGAGUUCUAUAUCACUUUUGCCAAAGGCUGUAUCUUGUGGUUUUUGUGCCAUCCAGGUCUUGCAUGCAUUUCUGUCAUUUUUAAUGACUACCAAAGAGAUAAGGUCGUUACAGUAGGCGUUAUCCUUUGCCAGUCUGUUUCCAUGGUGAUUCUCUACAGACUCUUUCUAUCCCACAGUCUAUACUGGGAAGUUUCUUCACUUUCCUCAGUAACACUGCCACUGACCAUAUCAUCUGGACACAAAAGUCGGCCUCACUUCUGAUACUUGAUUUUCUUUAGAGGAAAAGUAAAUU